UUCACAUACCUGUGUUUACAGAUUUCAGGGAAGAUGAAGAACGGUCGGACUCUGAUUAUGACAAUGACAUGUAUGAGGAUCCACAUGAGGAGCAGGACGACAACUACGAGCCUCCCCCCAGCCACAAAGCCUUCACCCCUACGCCCUCUGCUUCCUUCCCGAGGGGGGAGUACCUCGACAACAGACAGAGCAGACCCGGCCGGCUGCCCAGGAAGCCCCUCCGCCCGGGCAAAGGCUCCAGACAGCUGCCCCCAGAACCCCCCCUUCAAGGGAGCGAUGAAGAAGACUACAUCAAUCCAGACUGCAGUAAUGAUGAUGACAACUACAUUGAACCUGAUGAGAAUCCCCCUUCCAAUCCUAUGUUGCAUUGUGGGAGCAAAGCAGGAAGGGACCGUCCCAUGAUGGCUACACCUUUAACAGAGCGCUCACCCAGUCCUGGUAGGUACAUCAAUAACCAUGCUGCUGUACCCAAACGCUAA